GAGUUAACGAAUAAAGCCGUGAAAUUCCAAUCCCACUAAAAACUCAGUGAACUAGAGAGAGAAAGCGAGUGAGAGUAUGUUUUCUAGAGAGAGAAAAAUCAAUGGUGAUUUGAUGGUUUGUGCAAACUAAAGGGAAAUUGUAAAAAGAGAGAUAGAGAGAGAGGGGGAUUGUGCGCGCGAGUGAGUAUUUAGGAGAAAGGAAAAUGACGACGACGGGGAUAACGAUUCAUGACCAGAACUUAGAGAAGCAAAUUGAGAAACAUAUGGGAGGUUGUAUGGCUGGUUUCUUCAACCUCUUUGACCGCAAUCAUCUUCUCUCUGGAAAACGCCUCUAUCCUAAACGUCUUCCUCCUCCCGCUAUUUCUUCGACGGCUGGAGAUUCAGCGUCGGAAUCAGUCUCAAUCGUUGGAUCUCCGACAUUAUCGAUGGAGUUCGAGAAGCCGAAGCCUCAACCAGAGGUCCGAUCAACAACGCCGGUAAGUGAACCGGCGAAAACGAAUUCACCGUCGGAGACAACAAAAUCUCCAUGGAAGUUCAACCGAGAAGCGCCGAGGUUGUCGCUUGACAGCCGAGCGAUAACCGACGGGAAAGGCGGACUUCGACCGCGAGAGAUUCGAAUCAACACAGUCUCUUCUUCCGCCGCCGCUGCUGACGACGGUAAAGAAAAUCAGCGACAGUCGCCUAGCGUUAUCGCUCGCCUUAUGGGGCUCGAACAGCUUCCGAGCUCAUCGAGCGAGCCGGAGAAGAAGGUUGAGCUUCGUAGAUCGGCAUCGGAGUCUAGAUCGAGAGAUUAUCGGUUUUUUGACACUCCGAGCUUUCUCUCUCCUGUAACUACAAAAAACGAUGUUGUAGGAGAGAGAAAAUCGGAUCAAAUUUCUGGUAUUAACAGAAAUCAGAGUAACAAUCACAUUCAUCAUGGAAUAAAGAGUAACAACGUUCAUAAGGUAAAGAAUCAGAGUGUUGUUCAUAAUAAUAGCAAUAAUCAGCGGAGAUUAAUGGUGGAAAGAAAGAGCUACUAUGACACUGCGGAUUUCUUCCCGCCUGAAGUUCCGGUGAAGCAACAGCAGCAGCAACACCAAGCGGCGGUGUCGAUUUACGGAGAAAUUGGGCGGCGGAUGAGAAUGAGAGGAGUCGAUGAGCCAUUAAAGGAUCUCGAAACUCUCAAACACAUUCUAGAAGCUCUUCAGCUCAAAGGCCUUCUACAUUCAUCCACUGCCACAACUACAAAGUCUCGCCAUAACCGGAGAUUCUCUUCGGAGGAAGAAUCUCCUGUUGUUUUAAUGAGACCGGCGCGAUCUCCAUCCAAUAAUCGCCGUAGAAAUGCGAAUAACGCUUCCUCCGGCGAGAGUCCGAAGAGAGAGAGACCGGCAAGAAGUCCGAUGAGGUCACCGGGGAGAGGUGACAAUCGAAGCUCGAGCCCUACGAUUCGGCGAAAAGGCGGUCCACUAAGUGUUGAAACGCAGAGGAAAACCAAUGAAACGACGACAACGAGUACCAGAGGUUCGCAACAUUCACCGGUUCAAUCACCGAAGAUGACGACGACGAGGCGGUCUGAUCAAACGGUGAAUCGGUCGCCUCGGAAUCGGCGAUCAACUGUCGAGAUUUGUCAGGGAGAUAGAGUCCUCAGUGGUCCUCCUGCAUAUGCUGAGGAUGAAGCAUCAACUACUAUUUCUGAAAGCAGUUUCAGUACUUCCUCACAUACCGACAAUGAGAGGUGGAGAGGUGAAGAAUACAGAGAUGGGAGGAAUCUAUUAGAAAGAUGUGAUAAGCUGUUGAACAGCAUAGCAGAGAUAACAGCAAAGUCGAACUCAAACUCAAACUCGGCCGAGUUGCAACAAUCGAGUCCAGUAUCAGUUCUCGACUCGUCUUUUUACAAAGAGGAUGAGUCGUCACCUUCCCCUGUUAAGAAACGCACCAUUGAUUUCAAAGAUCAAGUAGUUAUGGAAUUAGAAGAUGAAUUAUUGUGGAGCCCAUCUUCAAUAAUCCAAUUAUCAUCAAAGCUUGAUCAUGAUAUUGAUUCAUCAGACGACUCGGAAUUCAGCUAUGUAACAGAGGUACUCAGAGCAUCAAAUUACCUCCCUGAUGAAAAUAACUUAUUCAUGUUAUUAGAGAAGCAAAGUUCAAUUAGUAAAAACAAGUCCAAAACCUCAAUUCUUCAAAGGAAGCUUAUUUUUGAUACCAUCACCGAAAUCCUCGACCGAAACCGACAACUCCCCCCGUGGAAAACGGUUUCAAACCCGAAUUCAGCCACCGGGUCGGAGCAAAUUUGGUCGGAAUUUCAAAAAAUCCAAGAACGAGGCCCGUCAGAGGACCUCUUCGAGGUCAUAUGUGGGGUCCUAAAGAAGGAUUUAGCCGAGGAUUCGGUUAACGGUUGGGCCGAUAGCCCGGUGGAGAUGUCGGAGGCGGUGCUCGACAUCGAACGGUUGAUAUUCAAGGAUCUCAUCGGCGAAACAAUCCGAGAUCUCGCUACCACUACUGCCGGGCAAAGUGUAGAUUAUUUACGUAGGAAGUUAGUUUUCUAAAAAAAAGCGCGGGAAACAUAAAAGUUUGGAAAGGAGCUGCUUUUGGCGCGGGUUUUCCGUUUGUUAAUUGUUUAUCAAAAGGGUAGAAUGGGUAGUUAAUAAUAGUGGAGUAUUUAUUAAAAUAGGAGUAAAUUUAUUUUUUAACUUAAUUUUAAAAGUUUUUCGUCGGCCAUGGUUUUUUGUGGUAAAUUUAUAUGGAAUUGUGGACUUAGAUUUGAGAAUGUAGGCUCCAGCUGAAACCCAGGCAAAUCUAACGGUCACUUUUUUUCUUUCUUUUUUUCAAUUUUUUUUUUAAUUUUCCCUUUAUCUUUUUGUUUCUUUUGGGAAAAGAUGUAAAGCAAUUAGUAGGACAUUUUUAGUUUUAAUUUUAAUUUUAAUUUUAAUUUUAAUUUAAAUAUAGUAGGAAAGGGGGUGUCAUGUGAAGAGCAUGUGGGUGAGCUGAAAAGGGGAAAAACAAGUGGGGAGCAGUUUGGAUUAGUGUGUUGUUUGUUUGGUGUUUAAAUAAUUAAAAUGGAAUUUCCAUGUGUUAUUUUGUUUUGUUUGUCUCUAGUAAGUAACAGGAUUUGUAAUCAUGAGUUUGUAUUGUAGAAUUAAUUAAGUUGUUGAUGGAAAUAAGUGAAGUUGAAGCUUAUUGCCA